GAAAGGCGGUCGUGCGCGCGGCAUCCGGUUGAACCAAUUCUGCCGCCGAUGAGUUCUACGUCAUCUUUGUUUAUCUCCCUAGUAAAAGCGCUCAGUUACAGCUUUAUUUCUCCGCCAAGGGCUUGAGUGAUACCAUUUUCCUCUGUUUAAGGAUGGAGGGAAUUGUAAGAGGAACGUUUGCGUGGAUAUUGUUUCUAUUUGUUUUGGGUUUUGGCGAUUCCUCCGGUCGUCGGAUGACCUACCAUGGACACCGCUUAAUACGUAUAAUUCCUUCAGACGAAAACACGCUCGAGUUUUUAGAUGACUUGGUUAAAAACGACAAUUAUUUCGAGUUGGAUUUCUGGAGUUUUCCAUCAGGGGUUUGGCAUCCUGUCGAUAUUCAUAUUUCCCGCCAAAAACACAGGGAAUUCGAAGAAUUACUGACAAGUAGAAACAUAACAUACACUGUGCGCGUGCGCAACGUCCAGCGGCUUCUGAACAUGGAGCGCAUGCGUCCAAGAUUUGGUGGGAACUUCGACACGAGAUUUAACUCGUAUAAACAGAUUGUCGGGGAAAUGACCCGUCUCUCUCGGACCAACCCAAGCACUGUAUCUCUUGUUGAUUUUGGUAAAACAUACGAAGGACGAAAAAUAUAUGGGUUAAAGAUCAGCGCCAAUAGAACAAGAAACAAGCCAAUAUUUUUCAUAAAUUGUGGAAUACACAGCAGAGAAUGGAUAAGCAUUUCAACAUGCAUGUAUGUCGCCCGGAAGCUUGUACAAACAUAUCCAAACAACUCUCGUGUGCAGCAAAUGGUGGAAAAGUUUGAAUGGAUCAUUCUCCCUGUCUUCAACGUCGAUGGAUACAUCUAUACCAACAACCGUGAUCGCAUGUGGAGAAAAAAUAAGAACCCAGGCGUUGGCGGGUGCAUGGGUACCGAUCUGAACAGGAACUUUAACUACCACUGGGGAGGUAUCGGCUCAGCCCCCAAUAAGCCAUGUAGCCCAAUCUACCCAGGAUCAAGACCAUUCUCUGAAGUCGAAACAAGAAAUGUCGCCCGUUACCUGUACAAGAAGCGAAAGCGAUUACGGGCUUACGUAGAUUUCCACUCAUACGGACAACUUUGGAUGUCGCCAUGGGGUUUUACGAAAAAGUUCCCUCCAAAUUAUCGAAGACACGCCAGAGCAAUGAAUGCUGUCGUCAAAGCCAUUAAGCGAGUGCACGGAACAGAAUUUACAUACGGGCCAUCUUCGAUAAUGAUCUAUCCUACGUCAGGUGAUGCCACGGAUUGGACAUUUGGCGUGCUUGGAGUCACGCACUCCUACGGCGUAGAACUGAGACCCGGCCUCUCCGAUUUGUACGGGUUUUUUCUCCCUCCUUCCUCAAUAAUCCCCGUAGGCAAAGAAACAUUACAAGGUCUGAAAAGGCUAUCGGAAUUAGUAUAGAUAAUAGAGCAGCUUCCUUUUAAAGGCCAACCUACUCUUCCUAGAAUAUCAGUAAAAAGUCCUAAAUAAGAGGCUACUUGCACUAAAAAAUGAAAAGACUUUUUGGGUGGUAAACUCGCGUGCGCUCAAUUUUGGGCGGCAAUAUAAUAGCAACAAAAAGCAACUUAUUCAGAAAAGUUUUAGUUCAGCUGGUCAGAAAGGGUUUAUUAUUAUUAUUAAAAUAUUUUAUUUUUCACCGUUGUCUGGCGUUUCGACCGAAGCCAUUUUUGUGCCUUCUUUUAUUAUGGUGCAAAUGAAAAAAAUGAGAAAUCCAAAUUAAGAGUUCGGCAAUAUCAUUUUGAUUCACGCUGGCAUUGAAAAUUAAGAAGCAUGGCUUCAUUGGUACCGUAGGUAGGGCCUUUUGAGACAGGAUUUGCAUAUGCUUUGUAAAGUAAAGAAUUGGUUGUAUUGCGAUUGAUUAAACAUAUCAAGAAAAUUUA